GUGCAAACACUCUGGAACCGUGGAACUAAAUACGUAGUAAGAAACUAGAAAUGGAGUGGGCAAUAUCCGCCGUGAACAAGGCAGCGAGUAGCAACACGGUGGUAAACGUAUUUCUGUUGAGCGUUUUCGGGGGUCUGAGUGCAAGGUCGUUUAAGCAGCAGAAGGAUAUCGAGGCGUUGGAGGCAGAGAAGAACUCUAUUGUUAAUUCCAACAAGGAAAUGAGGAAGACCAUGUGGGAAUGGAGGCAGCAGCUCUACGCGGAUGCCGAGGCGCUUUCCUCUCAAUCCAUCGUUCCCCUCUCCAAACUCAAAUCCAUUUUCGGAGAUAAGGAAACCGCCGCCCCUAAUGCCCUCACCUUCCCUUCUUCAGAUGGAAAUGAGAAAAUGCCAAAUUCAAGAAUUAUCAUCUGAAUGCUGUGUUUGGGUGAAUUAAUGGUAACGCCAGUACAGAGCCACUACUCUAGUAGUAUUUUUGUUGGAUUAUUAUUACUUAAGGUAUAACGGAUCUCUACUCGCAUAUUUUUGUUCGAUAAUGGCAUAGUAGAAAAUAGUAUAGCAGCAUGGGCUCGUGUAGCAAGUGAAUGCUGUGUCUAUUGUUCUUGGAGUGUCAUCAUGUAACAUGGAGAUGCAAAUGCCAGAGAUAUUAUAAAUUUAAUAACAAUGCCAUCCGAUAAAUUUUAUCGGAUGACAAAGUUUUUUGGGACUGAGGUAGUAAUAAAUUUAAGGUCCGAAAUUUUAUAUUGGUUGAUUUAUAAUGACUUUUGUUUGUACUUCAAUAAGAGCAAUUUAUUUUCAUUGCAUUA